UUUCUUCUGCAAAGAAAAAUGUUGGCGGUUUUCGAGAAGGCAAUCGGAAAUCCACCGGAGGAGCUUCAACUUCCUUCGGUAGGCUUAGAUUGCAAGAAAACUAGGGAAGAAAUCUCGGAGAUGUUGAGGUUGUUGUGGCCGAAGUCUACGUUUUACCACCUUUCGAAUGGGAACUUGAUGACGCUGUCGCAUGAAGCUCAGUCUCCUUUGCACCAAAGGUCCAUGUUUGUCACGGACGACAUCUUCUGCAUCUUUAUGGGGACGCUGGUGAACAUUUGCGAGCUCCGGCGACAUUACGGAUCUUCGAGACAAGCGACGGAGGCCAUGCUGCUGGUCGAUGCUUACAAGGCUCUUCGAGACCGAGCUCCAUAUCCACCUGAUCAAGUCAUUAAAGAUCUCCAAGGAAAGUUUGCUUUCAUUCUAUUUGAUGCUAAAUCCAGCACCCUCUUCGUGGCCAGAGACGGCGAAGGAAGCGUUGAACUCAAAUGGGGAAUGGCUGGAGAUGGCUCCCUGGUUUUAUCGGAUGAUCCAGAUACUAUACAAAUGACUUGUGGAAAAUCCUCUGCCUCAUUUCCUCCAGGCUGCAUUUUCACAAAUGGCAACGGCCUUGUGAGCAUCGAUCAUCCGCUUCACAAGGUAAAGGCAAUAGCUCGUGAAGAUGAAGAUGGGAACAUCUGUGGAGUCAUGUUUCAGGUGGACUUAUUUACAAGACUCCCCAGCAUUCCACGGACCGGCAGUGCCGCCAAUUGGGCGGAUGUCGCCGCCGCCGCCGAGGCCGACUGAGUACGAGGAAGCCUUUAUCCAAACGUUCGGAGAAAAUCGCCGUUUCGGUUU